UCUUACAAACCUGUGUAUUCUGUUCAGUUAUUAUCUAUGGAGUAAAGAAAAGUGAAAGAAGACUGUGUCAUUGGAGGUCAUGCACUUUAUUUUUGUUCGCACGGAUUCUGUUAUAAGUUGAGAUUCUUUUUAAUCAAUACAUGAUUAAAACAUCAUGCUCAGUAAUAUGUAUAGUUAUGUGUUGUAAUAAACCGACGUUCCAAGGAAAAACGUAGUGAUGGCAGAUCAAUUCUGUUUACGUUGGAAUAACUUUCAAACAAAUAUAGUGAGUGCCUUAGAUUCUUUAAAGUGUUCCGAAGACUUGGUCGAUGUCACGCUUACAUGUGAAGGUAGAAAUAUCAAGGCCCACAAAGUGAUACUCUCCGCGUGCAGCCCGUACUUUAGGAAUGUGUUCAAGGAAAAUCCAUGUCAACAUCCAGUGAUUAUUUUGAAAGAUGUAUCAGCUGAUGAUAUUGUUAGUUUAUUGUCUUAUAUGUAUCAAGGAGAGGUGUUUAUUGAAGAGAGUAAACUGUCGUCAUUUUUGCAUACUGCAGCAAUGUUACAAGUAAAGGGGUUAACAGGUGUUACACACCAGAAUGAAAACUUUAUAUCACCAAGGACCACAACAAAACUAUACACACAGUUAACUAUAUCUUCUAAGUCCAACCUCGGUGCUAAUACUACUUCAAAGGAAUCUAAAGUGCCCGUUCUUAAGAAAAGGCGUUGCAGUACAUCUGAUAAACCAAAUGAUAUUGUAAAUGUUGAGACUAAUAAAAAGAGUAGGAUACGGGAACCAUGCGAUGUAUGCAAUAAUCAUAAUGAUUCACCAACAAUGAAAGUUGACAAUCCAGUGUUUGCACCGGAAAAUAAUGUGGAUAAAAAAAAUGAUAGCAAAGGAGACAAUCCAAAUGUUACUGCCAAUGGAAAAAGCUCAACAGCGACACAGGGAAAUGCUCAAGAAGAUAUGCCAGUAUCUGUCAAAACAGAAUGGAUUGAUGACAACACCUCCACUUCUGGUGCUCCACUAGUAAACUCGGAAAAUGAUGAUAGUCUUCCCGAUUAUGAAAAUAGCAUGCUUGCCAGAUCAUUACUCUCAGGUAUCAACCCAUCAAAGAGUGAUGCCGCACUCAACAAUCCAAUAGCCAAAAAAGUUCAAUCUGCUAUUGACAUGCAUUGUACAAGGCCAAAAGAAAUGAAUACAGAUUCUAGUGCCUUUGCUAAUACAAAAAGUCCAAUGAAAAGCUCAACAGAAGAUUCUCUAGUAAAAACAGAAAAACAUUCACCACACUCCGAUAUGGAAUAUGAACCAGAAGUGCUAUUAUCUGAACAUCAAGUUGGUACGGAUACCGAAAACACAUAUACUCAAGAACAGUCACAAGCAUUACUUAUAUUAGCAGGUAUGUCAAGUGGGCCAGUUUUAGGUGCAGUAGCAUCAACAUCCAAUCACGCAGCAAUUUGUGGAGACUGUCCACACUGCGGUAUGAAGUAUUCCAACCAAUCUGCUCUAAAGUAUCAUGUACGAUUAAUGCAUUCAGAUCUGACUAAUAGGUUAUGCUGCUAUCUUUGCCCAAGAUCAUUUACAAUGAGAGAAACAUUCAAAGAACAUAUGUGGACAAGCCACGGACAAAGGAAUUAAGUAUGAAGAUUUGUGCCUUACUUUGGUGUUUUUUUAUAAAAUUUAUUCAUAAUGUGUAUGAACUGUUUGUGCCUUUCCCGAUGUUAUAAAAAUAUGCUCUAAUAUAAUCCUAGUGAAUGUCACAUUAGUGUCUUAAGUGGGUUGCAUUUGAAUAUGGAUUUUGCAAACUACAUCAGAUUGUAUGAUAUAAUUGGAUAUACCUAUGGGAUGUGAAUUAAAUUAAAGUUGAUUGGUCAAGAUGUCAAACCAGUCCUGUACAAGUAAGCAAAGUUAAAAAUUACCCUCAAAAGGUUCUAUGGUUGGGAUUUUAGUUUAUUGUUAUAGUAUUAAAAAAUGAUAUUUAUUCAAAGCGAGAAAAAAUUUGUUAAUAUUUUACAACUUUCCUUGUACCUUUAGGUGCUUAUUUAUUAUGGGAUGGUGCUAUUCAAAAAAUGAAAGCACUAUUGGAAAUUAACACUACAACAUUGUAUUUGAGAUUCAAUUUUUUAAUGAAAGAUUAAAAGAGAUUUAAUAUCUUAAUUAAAUCAUAUAUCAACUAAAGUUUUGUGGCAAGUCGCCAUGAAUUUAAAAGAAUUUAUUACAUUUAUGAAAGUUAUUAAUAUUUAUCAUAUUAGCUGGGAACAAGUCACCUGCCUGACGGAUAAAACUUAUAAUAGUUUUUAGUUUAUUUGACAUAAGAAGAUAAAUACUAUCCAAAAAAAGGUAAAAGUGGAUUAUUGUAUACAUGUUAUUAAUGUCCUGUGCCUUGGGAAUAUAAUUUAGAUCUGCAUUGAUUUUCUAUACUAAUAUAAAGAUUUGAUUGUUUCUUUAGCAUUGAAUAGUCUAUGAAA